AUGGUGAGCGCUGCUGCCCCGGGACGGAUGGCGCGCAAGGUGCGCAUCACCGUUGUCGCUGCGGAUGGAUUGUCGAAGCGCGAUGUAUUUCGCCUGCCCGACCCAUUUGCGAUCGUUACGGUGGAUGGCGAGCAGACCCACACCACGUCGGUGAUCAAAAAGACGCUCAACCCCUACUGGAAUGACUCGUUUGACAUCACCGUGAACGACGCCUCGGUAGUUGCCGUGCAGAUCUUUGACCAGAAAAAGUUCAAGAAGCGCGACCAGGGCUUCCUCGGCGUUAUCAACGUCCGCGUCGCAGACGUGAUUGACCUCGAGCUCGGCGGGAAGGCGCUCCUCACGCGCGACCUGAAGAAGUCGAACGACAACCUCGUCGUGCACGGCAAGCUGAUCAUUGACCUAAACACGAACGUCUCUGCGCCGCUGCCCCACGAGAGCGCGUCGUCGCAGGCGCAGGCGGCCCCGGCGCCGGUCCCGGCCGUUGACGUCUCGUCGCCCACGCCGGCUGCUCCGGCGGUCGAGACCGAGGCGCCGCGUGCCACGGCACCGGUUGUCCAGGCGCCGGUCGAGCACACGCGCCCGGACGGCUCGUCGCUCGACCCGGCCGUGCCGGUGGUCGUGUCGCAGGACACGGCCAGCCAGCGCGCGCCGAGCCUCUCGGUCCCGAGCGCAAACGCGCCGGUGGUGAGCCCGGGCGCGACGGCGCUUGCGCGCCACGCGAGCGAGUCGCGUGCGGACGACCAGGGCCCCUUGCCGCAGGGCUGGGAGCGCCGUACGGACCACCUGGGCCGCACCUACUAUGUCGACCACAACACGCGCUCGACGACGUGGACGCGCCCCUCGCACGACGCUGCGACCCAGCGCCAGAAUGCCGAGGUGGACCGCGUGCGCAUGAACAAUAUGGCGGUCGCCGACGACUUCCUUGGCGUGGAAAACGGCCAAGGAAAUGCGGGCGGCAGCCAGGGCGACAAUGCGCCGGUCUCUGCGGCGAGCAGUGCGACGGCCAACGGCUCGGGCCCCCUGCCCAGCGGCUGGGAGCAGCGCACCACGGCCGAGGGCCGCCCCUACUUUGUGGACCACAACACGCGCACCACGACGUGGGUCGACCCCCGCAGGCAGCAGAUCCUGCGCAUCAUGGGCCCCAACGGCAACAACUUGAGCCUGCAGCCGCAGAGCGUGAGCCAGCUCGGCCCCCUGCCGAGCGGCUGGGAGAUGCGUCUCACGUCGACCGCCCGCGUCUACUUUGUGGACCACAACACAAAGACGACGACGUGGGACGACCCCCGUCUCCCCAGCUCGCUCGACCAAAACGUGCCGCAGUACAAGCGCGACUUUAGGCGCAAGCUCAUCUACUUCCGCUCGCAGCCCGCGCUGCGCCCGAUCCCUGGCCAGUGCCACGUCAAGGUGCGCCGCACGCACAUCUUUGAGGACUCGUACGCGGAGAUCAUGCGGCAGCAGCCGAACGAUCUCAAGAAGCGCCUCAUGAUCAAGUUUGAGGGCGAGGACGCGCUCGAUUACGGCGGUGUCUCGCGUGAGUUCUUCUUCCUGCUUUCCCACGAAAUGUUUAAUCCCUUCUACUGUCUGUUUGAGUACAGCGCGCACGACAACUACACGCUGCAGAUCAACCCGCACUCGGGCAUCAACCCCGAGCACCUGAACUACUUCAAGUUCAUCGGCCGUGUGCUCGGCCUGGCCAUCUUCCACCGCCGCUUCCUCGACGCUCACUUUAUCGUGUCCUUCUACAAGAUGAUCCUCAAGAAAAAGAUUCUCCUGUCGGACAUGGAGAGCGUCGACGCAGACUACCACCGCUCGCUGCAGUGGAUGCUCGACAACCCGAUCGAGGGCAUCAUGGAGGAGUCCUUCUCCGCGAUCGAGGACAAGUUCGGCGAGAUGAUCACCGUCGAGCUCAAGCCGAACGGCGAGAACAUCGAGGUCACCGACGAAAACAAGCGCGAGUACGUCGAGCGCAUGAUCGAGUGGCGUAUCGUGACGCGUGUCGAGGAGCAGUUCCGCGCGUUUAUCUCGGGCUUCUCGGAGCUGAUUCCGCUGGAUUUGAUCAACGUGUUCGACGAGCGCGAGCUCGAGCUGCUCAUGGGCGGUAUGUCGGAGAUCGACGUGGACGACUGGAAGCGCUUCACGGACUACCGUGGGUUCAGCGAGCAGGACGACGUCGUGCAGUGGUUCUGGCAGUGCGUCCAAAAGUGGCCCGCCGAGCAGCGCUCGCGCCUGCUGCAGUUCGCCACCGGUACCUCGCGUAUCCCGGUGAACGGUUUCAAGGACCUGCAGGGCUCCGACGGACCGCGCCGCUUCACCAUCGAGAAGUCGGGCGAGGUGAACCAGCUGCCCAAGUCGCACACGUGCUUCAACCGCAUCGACCUGCCGCCUUACCCUUCGAUGGAGGUGCUGGAAAACAAGCUGGUGCUUGCCAUCGAGGAGGGUAUGCGCUUUGGCAACGAGUAA